AUGGACGCGGCGAUCGAGCGAUGGUGCGCGGAGAUGGGAACGACGCCGGAGAAGGUUGUGACCAUGUACCUCGACGAAAAGUUCAAGUGCGCCGCGGUUGAGGGCGAACUCCUGAGUAAGUGCGUGAAUCUGAAGACGCUGAGCUGCGCGUCGUGCGGGUUGACGACGCUCAGUGGGUUCCCGGCGUUGCCGUCGCUGCAAGAUUUAAGCCUGAACGAUAAUCGAAUCUCGAGCGGUCUGGACGCGUUGGGCGGGUGCGAAAAGCUCGUGCAGUUAUCGCUGGCGAAUAAUAAGAUCGCGAGCGUGGACGACGUCAAGGUUUUGGGCGAUAAGCUCACGCUGACGGUUCUUGAGCUCGAGGCAAACCCGCUGACUGAAGACGAGACGUAUCACGAAAAGGUGAUGAAGCUCUGCCCGACGUUAAACCUGUUGGACGGCCGAGACGAGUUCGGGAACGAAGUCGACGAUGACGACGAAGACGACGAAGACGACGAAGACGAAGACGAAGACGACGAAGACGACGAAGACGACGAAGACGAAGACGAAGACGAAGACGUCCAAGAAAUGGGCCUCAAGGACCUCUACGGCGACGAACCGCUCGAGGACGAUGACGACGACGACGAGUUCGACGACGACGACGAGGACGACGACGACGAAGAUGAUUUGAUCGUAGAAGACGAAGACAGCGACGACCAGGAUGAUGACGACGAGGCACCGGCGAAGAAGGCGAAGAACUAA